UUCCUCUCGACAGACUCCACCCCCUGGAACUCCUUCCAUUUGCGCGUUCGCAGCCCUCCUUUGACGUGUUCUGCGCCUGGCGGAGCGAAUUCUUACCAUCUUUUUAACCGCCACCACCACCUCUGCCUCCUCCUCCUCCUCCUACUUCCGUUUCCUUCCAUCGUUUUGGUUCUUGGAAUCGUCCCCCUAGCGGAUAUCCGAGGUUCGUCGCGUUCCUCGACGUUCUUGCCAUUUAGUUGAAAAUGCUAUGCUUUGGUUGCUGCGGAUUUCUGGGGCCUUUAAUCGUUUUUCCCCGUAAUCGUGAAGUAUUUUCGAGUACUUGCUGGUGUUCAGGGUUAUACCCCUCCGGUGAGAACUUGCUAGUCUAAUCUAUAGCUUACGGUUCCAUUGUCAAGCUUGUGAUACUGCUACUGUCGAAAUCUCUGUCAUCUUCAAUCAAUUACUGAUUUCACAUCAAGAUGAGCACGUGGAAGACUCCUCCAUCAGGCAAUCAGCAACAACAUGCCAAACCUGGAUUUUCUGGCUCCAACCCUUUUGAUUCUGUUCCUGACUCCGAUCGGUUUGGUGAUAGCAAAGACAAAGGAAGUGGGACAACUUCCCCACAAGUCCUGCAUUCGGGAUUUUCUACUGCAAAAGCUAGAUACAAGAAUGAUUUUCGUGAUUCAGGGGGUAUCGAGAACCAAUCAGUUCAGGAACUGCAAAACUAUUCUGCGUACAAGGCUGAGGAGACUACCAUUAAGCUGAAUGGCUGCCUUAAAAUUGCUGAAGAAAUUAGAGAAGGCGCUUCAAAUACUCUUGUCACCUUGCAUCAACAAGGUGAACAAAUUACUAGGACUCAUCAAGCUGUUGCGGACAUUGAGCCGGACCUUAGUAGGGGUGAAAAACUUUUGGGAAGUCUCGGUGGAUUGUUUUCCAAGAAAUGGAAGCCAAAGAAAACACACAAAAUAAAGGGACCUCUUUCGAUUAAAGAUGAUUCUUCUGAAAGGAGUAGGCACCUGGAGCAAAGGCAGAGGUUGGGAUUGGCAGCUCCUCUGCCUCGGUCAGAACCUCAACAUUUUUCUGAACCAGCAUCUGCCCUCCAGAAAGUCGAGAUUGAGAAGGCAAAGCAAGACGAUGUCCUUUCUGAUCUGAGCAAUUUGUUAGGUGAGCUGAAAAAUAUGGCUAUCGACAUGGGCUCUGAGUUUGAGAAGCAGAAUGUAGCUUUGGACCGGGCGCAGGAUGACGUGGAUGAGAUGAAUACCAGAGUUCACGGAGCAAACCUUCGUGGCCGUCGACUUCUUAGAAAAUAGAUCUUAUUUUUUUAGUGAAACAAUUUGGGUUUGAAUGCAUGAUACCUGUUUUAGUGAAACAUUUAUGCUACUGUAUUAUAAAUCUGAAGUGCUCAGAUGCACUAGUAAAUUCCUUUUUUGUUUUUUAUAUAUGUAUUUUUGAAUGCACAAGAGGAUACGUAUUAUUUCUAUUACAGAGAUUUUUUUCUUGUUUGUUGUGCGAA